AUGAAAGAGAGAAAGAAGGGUGAAAGAAAGAGAGAGGAGAAAGAGAACGAGAAAGAGAAAGCUAAGGAGGAAGGGAGAGCUGUCGAGGAAGAAACAACCGCCCUGGUGGUUUCCGGCGACACCGCCGCGUCUAGGGACAAGGCUAAGUGUUGGUUGAGGUCCGUGAAAGAAGGAUCCUUAACAACAUGGGAAGAGGUUACCAAAGCAUUUCUUGGGAAGUUUUGUCCGCCCGAAAAGACCGCGGAAUUGAGAAGGAAGAUUACAAGCUUCACUCAAGAGGAUGAUGAAACCUUAGGUGAAGCAUGGGAAAGAUUCAAGGAUCUAAAGAGGAAGUGUCCACACCAUGGGUUGCCUUUAUGGAUGAUUAUUCAAAGCUUCUACGACGGUCUCACUCCUACCUCAACGGCCAAUCUUGACAACGGAGCCGGUGGUAGUCUUAAAAAGCUACCGGUGCAAGAAGCCGAGAAUAUGAUUGAAGAAGUUGCAAGGCAUUACGCCUAUAGAUAUGAUAGAAGAGAAAGUCAACCGAAGAAGAAAGUUGGUGAGAUGAAGCCAACAAGAAUCUCAAUACAAUUAGCCGAUCGUUCGGUUAGGUUACCAAUGGGAAUACUUGAAGAUGUACCGGUACAAGUGGGAAGAGUUUUUGUACCUUGUGACUUUGUGGUGAUGGAAAUGGAGGAGGACAACAAGGUUCCUCUCAUUUUGGGAAGGCCGUUCUUGAACACGGCGGGAGUGGUAAUUGAUAUGAAACAAGGCAAGCUAACAUUGAAUGUGGGAGAUGAGAAAAUUUCUUUCUCAUUCUCGCAAGCCAUGGGGAAGCCUAUGUAUGAGGAUAUCAAUAGAAUCGAUACUCUUGACCGAGAAGUGGAGGAAUUGAAGAUGAUGAACAAUAGCAAAGAUACUCUACAAGCGAUCCUCACGGAAAGUUUGUACAAUGAUGAUGAUGAAGCUAAGGGGUACAAGUUGUUGCUAGACCAACCCCUACAUGGCAAGGCAAGGGAGUUUGAAGCACUUAAGGUGGAGACUUAUCCCGUUAUUGUCAAUACCAACCUUGAUGACACUUCCCUUGAGAAACUCCUAGUUGUGUUGAGGGAGUAUAGGAGUGUCAUUGGGUAUGCCAUUGAUGACAUUAAGGGGAUAAGUCCCACGAUAUGCAUGCACAAGAUUUUGCUUGAUAAUGAUCAUGAAUCCUCAAUUGAGCACCAAAGAAGGCUCAACCCCAACAUGAAAGAAGUUGUUAAAAAAGAGGUUUUGAAACUUCUUGAAGCGGAGGGUAUUGUGUUGGGACAUGUUGUUUCUAGUAGGGGCAUUGAGGUUGAUCGUGCCAAAAUUGAGGUUAUUGAGCGCCUCCCUCCCCCCACUAAUGUGAAGGGUAUAAGGAGUUUUCUUGGACACGCGGGUUUUUACCGCCGGUUCAUUAAAGAUUUUUCCAAAAUCGCUAAGCCGCUCACUCAAUUGUUGGUAAAGGAUGCCCCUUUUGUGUUUUCUAAUGAUUGUUUGCUAGCCUUUGAUAGGUUGAAGGAAGCUUUGAUCACGGCUCCCAUCAUUCAACCACCGAAUUGGGAGCUCCCUUUUGAACUCAUGUGUGAUGCUUCGGACUAUGCCGUUGGAUCUGUGCUUGGGCAAAGGAAGGAUAAAAAGCUCCAUGCCAUCUAUUACACUAGCAAAACUCUUGAUGAAGCACAAAGAAACUACACAACGACUGAAAAAGAGCUCCUAGCCAUCGUCCAUGCUAUCGAAAAGUUUAGGUCUUACUUGGUGGGCUCCAAAGUUAUAGUCUUCACCGACCAUGCGGCUUUGAAGUACUUGCUGUCCAAGAAGGACACUAAACCAAGGUUGAUUAGGUGGGUCUUGCUCUUACAAGACUACGAUAUAGAAAUUCGGGACAAGAAGGGUGCCGAGAAUGUAGUAGCCGAUCAUCUCUCACGGCUACCGAUCGUAGAAGGUGAAAUUGAAGCUUUGCCAAUUGAUGAUUCAUUCCCGGAUGAUCAAUUAUUCGCAAUCAUUCAAGCCCCGGCCCCAUGGUUUGCGGAUAUUGUAAAUUACUUGGCUUGCUCCAUCCUUCCUCCCGACCUCACCUAUCAACAAAAGCGGAAGUUCCUCCAUGAUGUCCGCCAAUACUUUUGGGAUGACCCCUUGCUCUUCAAACAAGGUGUUGAUGGUCUUUUUAGAAGGUGUGUCCCCGACGAUGAAAUUCAUGAAGUUAUCACAAUGUGUCACUCCUCACCUUGUGGAGGACAUAUGAGUGCUAACAAGACAUUGACGAGAAUAUUGAAAUGCGGUUUCUAUUGGCCCUCUAUGUUCAAGGACGUAUGGGGAGUUGUUAAAGCUUGUGACCGGUGUCAAAGGACCGGUUUUGUGAGUUUUUGUGAUUGUGUGGAUUAUUCUUUGUGGUGUCCUUUGGUGUGGCUAAGUCUUGGGUUUUUGACCUUAAAAUUGCUUGGUGAAUUGGUUUAG